AUGUCUCGAUUGGCAGACUACUUUGUUGUAGUUGGGUAUGAUCAUGAUAAAGAAAGAAGUGGUAUCAGUAGUGGACUUAUUUUACAAAGAUUUCCAGAGAAAGAUUGGUCGGAUACACCUUUCAUUGAUGGAAUAGAAUGGUUUUGUCAGCCCCAAGGAUGGACUCUAUCAACAGAAAGGCAGGAACCAAGGUUUUUUGUAUCUGUUCUUACAGAUAUAGACGCAAACCGUCAUUAUUGUGCUUGCCUCUGCUUUAAUGAAACUGUAUCAAUAACUCCCAGCAAGCCUGUAGAUGAGGAAGAAGAUGCAGUAGAAGCUGAGACUGCACUUGUGAGACCCAUACCAGCAAUUUCUCAUCAUAGUAUAAUGUAUGCUCCAAAAUGUCUGGUACUAGUUUCUCGCUUAGAUUAUAUUGAAACAUUUAGAAACUGUCUAGGCAUAAUCUACUCAGUAUACAUCGAAAACAUGCCCGUCCCGCUAGAAACCCUCGUGGGCAACAUCCUCGGCUGCGUCCAGGUGCCCCCGCCGGGGGGCCCCCAAGUGCGCUUCAGCAUCGGGGCGGGGGACCGCCAAGCCCUGCAGCCCCCCCUGUCCCCCUCCCUACCAGUAACGCACACCUCAGUCAACUUGUUAUUUCAUCAACUGGGCAUCAGGAACGUCCUGGUGCUGUUUUGUGCCAUCAUGACCGAGCACAAGAUCCUGUUUCAUUCGAAGAGCUACAAUCGCUUGUCGGAGGCCUGCAGGGCUCUUACUGCCUUGAUGUACCCCUUCAGGUACACGCACGUGUACAUUCCGCUGUUGCCGGCGCCUCUGGUCGAGGUGCUUUCGACGCCGACACCUUUCAUCAUGGGGGUGCACUCAUCGCUGAAAACAGAAGUGGCCGAAUUGAUGGACGUGAUCGUGGCGGACCUCGACGGCGGCUCCAUCACCAUCCCGGACGGCAUCUCGCUGCCGCUGCUGCCCGAGCCGCUGCUCAGCCACACCCAGGAGGCGCUCAGCCUGAUCCUGCAGCCCGAGCUCACCUGCGCCGACCACGCCUUCCCACCGCUGGCGGUGCGGGCGCCGCAGGCAGUCAUGCUCGACAAGGAGAUCCGCGCCGUGUUUAUGAGGACGUUCGCGCAGCUGCUGCAAGGUUACAGGAGCUGUCUAACCUUGAUCAGGAUACACGCCAAGCCGGUAAUAACGUUCCACAAGUCGGCUUUCCUGGGCGAGCGUAACCUCAAAGACUGCGACUUCACCACGCGAGUCCUCGACUGCAUGUUCUUCACCAGCUUCGUCUCCGAACGAGGGCCCCCUUGGCGGCCCUGCGACGUCUGGGACGAGCUGUACAGCAACCUGGGAGAGCUGUUCAAGAGCGAAAAUCAAGAUCCUCGGCUGGUGUUAGCCCACAUUCAAGAAUUGGCGACGCAGCUGUAUACAAACGAGACGCCCAAUCCGCAGUCGUACGCGCAGAAGAUCCCGGUGCCGCCCGAGGGGGCGUACGCGCGGAUACACCAGCCCGCCUUGCCCAGAAUCGACGUGGAGAAGGUGGAGGAGAUCAUCGCCGAGGGGUCGUCGAGGAACAACCUCAAAUCGAGGUUGUCAUCUUUGAGACCAAUUCAGCCGAGAAUUGUGCCUAUGGGACCAAACAUAUCUAAUCUGAAUGAUAACAAAAAUAUCGUCAGCAACUCUGCUAGGAGACUGGAGGUUCUCAGAAACUGCAUAAACUGCAUAUUCGAAAACAAAAUUUCGGAUGCGAGGAAAACCUUCCCGGCAGUCUUGCGUGCCCUUCAAUCUAAGCAGGCUCGGUUAGCUCUGUGCCAUGAACUGUCGCAACACGUGAGCGGUACCAAAGCCAUGCUGGAACAUCAGCAGUUCGAUCUCGUUGUGAGGUUGAUGAAUUGUGCCCUCCAAGACGAUUCUUCGAUGGACGAGCAUGGCGUAGCUGCGGCGCUACUGCCUCUGGCCACCAUUUUUUGCAGGAAACUGUGCACUGGAAUCAUACAGUUCGCGUACACUUGCAUCCAAGAGCAUGCCGUUUGGAACAACCAGCAGUUUUGGGAAGCAGCAUUCUAUCAGGACGUGCAGAGAGAUAUCAAGGCGCUAUAUGCUUCAAGGGCGGAAAACCUCCAACCAAGACUCAGCACGGAGCUGCUGAGUCCUACAUCAUCGCGAGACAGCAAAGAUUUCGCUUGGCACAGGCGUUCGGCCCUAGGCAGGGCUCAGGAAGCGACAGCUCUAGAAAUUGCUGCCGAGCAAAUGAGGAUAUGGAAUUCAAUUGAUCCAGAAAAACAACAGGAGCUGAUCACCUGCGAGGAGAACACAAUGUACAGCCAGGCGAUACAUUUUGCUAAUAGGAUGGUGUAUUUGUUGAUUCCUCUAGAUACGGGACACAAAGCCAGCAAACAUGAUCUCUAUGAUGACGAAAGAGCCAGCAAUAGCAUUGCCAACAGUGUUGCCGAAAGUGACAGCGCUGACGCGGAAUCGGGAUUCGAAGAUCAAGACCCCGGUGAAACUGGAAACAUAGUCAUUCGCACUGUCACCCGCUUUAUCGACAAGGUGUGCAACGAAGGUGGUGUAACCAGGGACCACAUAAGGAAUCUUCAUCAGAUGAUCCCGGGGGUGGUGCAUAUGCAUAUCGAGACUCUGGAGGCGGUUUACAGGGAGUCGAGGCGACUGCCGCCCAUACAGAAGCCCAAGAUUCUGACGCCCAACAUGCUGGUCGGAGAAGAGACCAUAAUGGAAGGAUUGAGAGUCUAUUUGCUUCCUGAUGGAAGAGAAGAAAGUGCUGCAGGGCUUUUAGGAGGUCCCCCACUCUUGCCAGCAGAGGGAGCCAUAUUCCUCACCAACUAUAGGAUAAUUUUCAAAGGAAUACCUUGCGAUUCUUUCGCCUGCGAGCAAGUCGUAGUGCGCUCAUUCCCCGUCACCUCCCUCACCAAAGAAAAGAAGGUGGCUGUGCAGUACCUCGCCCACCUCGACCGCUGGCUGCAGGAGGGGCUGCAGCUGCGCUCGUGCACCUUCCAGCUGAUGAAGCUGGCCUUCGACGAGGAGGUGACGGCCGAGAACGUCGACACGCUGCGCAAGCUCGUCCACAAAGUCAGGCAUCCGCCCGACGUCUUUCAUCGGUUCGCGUUCGCCGGUCAGGUGAUGGUCAGCCAAACGCCCUCGCAUAAGAAUAAGGAGAAAAAUGCAACACUGAGAGGCUUCGCCAAGAAGACGUUGCUGAAAACGGCGAGAAAAGCUGGAUUCAAACAGAAGUCAUCAUCAAAAAGACAAAAAUAUGUCUUGCCCAAUAUGAGCACCAACAACUCGAAUAAGUACAUGACUUCUCCGGGUAGGAUGAGUCUACCAUUAACAGACGAUUACAGUCACGACGAUGAAAUAUCCAUAGAUGAUUUCGAGACAGGUCAAACUCCAAUUAUUGCUGCACCUACAGAUGCGAAAACCCUAGAAAGGCUGCAAGAGCGCAGCUACGUCAGAGACUGGCAAAGAUUAGGGUUAUGUAACAGCAGUUCAUCGCCUUCAGGCAAAUCUGGUCACGAUCAGUUCAGACUGACCACCGUCAAUUCCAUAUACAUGAUGUGCAGAAGUUAUCCAGCCUUGUUGGUGGUUCCCUCUACCGUGACCGACGAAAGCAUACGGCGGUUCUGUCGAUGCUACCGUCAAGGUCGCAUUCCGAGCAUAACGUGGCGGCAUCCGAGGACCAAAGCGCUGCUGCUCAGAGGCGCCGGCCACCACGGCAAAAGCGUGAUGGGCAUGCUCAAGAGUCAUCCCUCUUCUACUGCAUCAUCGACAGAAACGACGUCAUCUACCGAACAGGAGAAAUACCUGUCUGCCCUCGUGGCCAUCACUCCGGUAUUCUCUCACAGGACCACGUGGGGCAUGUCGGACAGCUCGCUGAGCAUCGAUUCGUUGCUGUUGGCGGCGGAUGACCCGCUAGGGGGCACCACGAUGACGCCGGAAGUCGCCAGGCGGUCAAACGCGUUCAACAAGGCGAUAGGAACGCUCGGAGUAUUUCCGAGAUCUUCGGGAGGCAAGGGACCGAAAAAUUUCGGCCGUUGGGGUUCGCUGAAAGACAGACGACAGUCGUCUCAAGCCUCUCUGGCUGCCGGACAGCAGAACAGGGUGAAUUUGAGGCACAGCACGGAAGUAGAAAACGCUGUGGAUGGUGUUCAUACCCUCCAAAGGGCUGCUCUUUACAUCCUAGGUGAAAAAGCCCAAAUGAAGGGUAUCAAAGUCGAAUCUGCUCCAAAGACUGAUUUUAUCCCGGUGGAGUAUUAUGACAUCCGCCACACGAAAGCAGCUUUCAAGAAAUUGAUGAGAGCCUGCAUACCUAGUUCACAGAAUGUGGAACCAGAACAUAGUUUUCAUAGGCUAAUCGAGAAUUCGGAAUGGCUGCAACAAAUCCAGAACAUCAUGCAGCUGUCGGGCGCCGUGGUGGACCUGCUCGACCUGCAGGGCUCCUCGGUGGCGAUUUGCCUGGAGGAGGGGUGGGACAUAACGGCGCAAGUGGCUUCCGUGGCGCAGCUCUGCUUGGAUCCACAUUACCGCACCUUGGAGGGGUUCAGGCUGCUCGUGGAGAAGGAGUGGAUCGGUUUCGGGCACAGGUUCAGCCACAGGAGCAACUUGAACGCCACCUCGCAGGCGAGCGGCUUCGCGCCCACCUUCCUGCAAUUCCUGGACGUGGUGCACCAGAUCCAGAAGCAGUACCCCAUGGCGUUCGAGUUCAACGACUACUAUCUGCGCUUCCUGGCGUACCAUUCGGUGUCCUGUCGGUUCAGGACGUUCCUGUUCGACUGCGAACUGGAGAGGGUGGAAAGUGGAGUGGCUGCGGUCGAAGAUAAGAGAGGUUCUUUGACGUCGCACCACAAGACCGUGGACACGGCGUCGGACGACGACACGGUCUACCCGGGCGGCCGAUGCUCGACCGCCUUCCAGGGCGCCAACUUGGGCCAGAGCGUGUUCGACUACGCGGAGAAGCAGCACGCCAGGCAUCCGACGUUCUUCAACCCGAUGUACACGCCCGAUUUCGAGCAUCCGGUGCUCAGGCCGCAGUCGCAUCUGCCCUGUCUCGAGGUGUGGAACUACUAUUUGGACGAGGAUCUCAGAUACGGUCCAGGCUACGAUCCGGAGAUCGUGCAGAUGGACGCACAACAAGAAGAAGAGACCGAGGCGGCAGACGGGAUAGCGAAGACGAGGAAAGUGGUCGCAUUGGGUUACGACAAUGUGGAUAAAGCCGUACCGGAUGCGUUCAGCCAUCUCCUGGAGGAAAUUCACAAACUGGAAUCCGAUUUGGGUCACCUUCCUCAGAAAUGGCGCGUCCUGUGGGACAAACUUGAACUACCUCUAACAGAUUCGCUAACGCGCCACGCGUCGUUCAGCACCGCUUUGGUGCGCUCGCACGGCCGCCUCGUGCACAAGCGGUCGACGCUCGAGAUCCUGAUGCGCGGCAAGAUGGUGGGUGCCGCCGAGGCGUCGAUGGUCUACUCGCAUCCGCACCGCUUCGAACGGUACAACUGCACCACGCCCACCUACUGCGACUUCUGCUCGAACCUCCUGUGGGGACCGGUCAAGACUGGCAUGCGGUGCAUAGACUGCGGCUACAGCUGCCACGAGAAAUGCAUGGACAGCGUCCCGAAGAACUGCACCAAGUACAAGUCGGUGGCGGAUAGCACCACCUCUCAACACCUGCAGACCAACACCGGCGAUAAUGGGUCGGUCAGCUCGGGGAGCGCCCGGCAAACGUCUAGUCAACAGUACUACGAUCAGUUCUCAUCGAAUGUGGCUGAGGAUAGGACUCACGAGGGUUACCUCUACAAGAGGGGGGCUUUGCUCAAGGGAUGGAAGCAACGGUGGUUCGUGCUGGACUCCAUCAAACACCAGCUGAGGUAUUAUGACGCGAUGGAGGAUUCACAUUGCAAGGGAUACAUAGAUUUAGCGGAGGUUAUGUCUGUCAAUCCGGCGCCACCAGCUCCGGGGCCUCCGAAAAAGACAGAUGAUAAAUCGUUCUUUGAUUUACGUACUAGUCGUCGUACAUACAAUUUUUGCGCGGCAGAUACUGCAUCCGCACAAGAAUGGAUCGAGAAGCUGCAAGCUUGUCUAUAA